AUGCCUACAACAUCCAGUACAUGCUGGACUUGUCGGUCGGUGACGGGAAGACGUGUAUGCUGGCCAUCAAACGGAGGGCCGAGCUGGUGGGAAUCACGUUCAACGAGUUUCACAAAGAACAGUUGUAUCGCCGACUUGAAAGUCAAGUUUUCCGGGAGUUUCAGAAUGCGGAUUCUCCGCUUUAUGAGGCCGGGCUGGUUCAGCUCUUGGGAAAGAAUAAGCGCAAGGCGGUGCCAAAGCCAAAGGCCAAGUCAUCCUCGUCGAAGAAACCGAAAAAGGAGGAAGAUGAAGACGAGGAGGACUUGGGCACAGCGGAGGAAACAGCAUCGCAAGAAGAUGACGAUGAAGAAGACGAAGACAAUGAAGAAGAGGAUAAUGAAGACAUGGCCGAAGAAUCGGAAGAAGAAGAUGAAGAAGAGGACUUUCUCUAAAUCCUAA